AUCAUGGAGAAGGAUGGGGGCGCGUAGCGCCCACGCACGCUCUUUUCCAGACGCAUUCAUGGGCUGUGCGGGACUCCGCCACGCGUUGUGCUAGCUGUGAUAGACUGACAAGCUGUGAUACAUAUCGCCGGUGCUUGAGCUUCUUCGCGUAGCCUCCCACCUUCUCUCGUUCUUGACGGCCCCCGAUUCCUUGUCGCCCACCGGGUGAGGACGCUGCGCGCAAUGCCUGCGAGUCCGGAGUAUAAGCACUUCAUCCAGUUUUGCGUCCAGUGGUCCAGCAUAGCCGUCCUCUACUACGAUUACGCCCUCACAUUCUCUCGGGAGGUACAGUACAUCUGGCGAAGGCGCUUUGGGCUCACGACGAUCCUCUACGUCUGCUGCCGCUACGCGCUCGCUGCAAAUGUGCUCUAUCUGCUUGCUAUCUCGGGCCACAUACACGACUGCGACUCCACGUACAUGUCCCUGUCGGCUCUAGGCGUCGUGGGGCGAGGGGCGGUGCUCGUAACCUGGUCGGCGCGAACGUGGGCAGUAUGGGAGCGUAGUCCAUAUAUCUUGGCGUUUUUGGGAAGCAUGACGGUCACCGUCAUCGCAAUUGACAGCUAUGAGACCUCUGGUGUAGCGUGUACAGGCGCGAGAUUUAGCCAUGCGUCCAACGACGCACUCGUCAUCCUGGUCGUCGCCUUCGAGUUUAUCUCCACCUUCCUGACAUUAUGGCGCUGUAUACCCGUCAUUCGAGCAGACCGACGAAACGGGCUGGGAACGCAACACAAUAGCGUCUUUUUGGUCCUGGCGAAGGAGGGCUUCAUGUACUACUGCUUCGUGUCGCUGUUCACCAUGUCUUCGGCUGUGAUCAACUACAAAGCUCCGAUGGAUCACCCUAUCAGGCGAAUACCGAGCGCACUGACCCUUCCUUUCUCCGGCAUGCUCACCGCGCGCUUCAUCCUGCACCUCCGCUCCAUGAUCGGGCAGGACAUCAUCAAGACCGACCACGGUCGCGCGAUCGAGUCGACGGCGCCCUCGCAGCUAGCUUUUGGCUCGAAUCCGAUGUCUACUGACUCGUCGGACACACGCGGAGCGACAACCUCGACCUCAAGCGACACUGGCCUGGAGUGGACGGCCGCGGCGAAUGAGGACUUGAGGAGAGAUCACUGGAGAACGCCGCCAGUGCAGCUGUCGACGUUCUCGUCUGGCGCGGAGAGUCGGACGUUGGCGUCUGCAGUGGGCGAAGAGCACCCGCGCGCAAGUACGUCGAAGAGAGGGAAGGGGAAGGGUCCGCAUGUGUAUUUCCGAGAUUGAGGGAAUGCGCAUUACGGCAGAAACAAUCUGUCUUCCCG